AUGAGUGGACAAACAGCAGCCGCUAAUGUCGCCGGCCAGGCCGCUCAGCAAAGCGGGAUCCUUGUCAAGCUGCUCAUAUUCGCAGCAGCGUUGGCAUUUGCCCCGGUAUCAUCAUACUUUCUGUCCAAGGACUACCUCUGGGAUGGCAAUGCGGUCCUCGCAGCUAUCACAGCCAUUGUAGCUGCGAACGUAGUCCUGGUCACAUAUGUCAUCCUCUCCAUACGCGAGGAACGUGCUGCGCUACUGGUCUCACCGGCCUCACGGAAAGAGCCGACUGGCGAGUCCAAGAAGGAGAAAUAA